CGCUGAUUGGCCAGAGCAGAAAACACGCGCCGCGUGUCGGAUUCGAAGUAAACAGUGGCGCACACCUGCCAAAUUCCUGAAUUAUCCGCUUAUAGCAAGUUUACUUUUGUCUGAAUGAUGUACCAUAUGUUACGCGAUAACAGAUAACAGCUCCUAACGAUCAAUUUCUUGCGUUAUAAUGGCCACUGCCGUCAUGUGGCCGAUUCCGUGGUUUGUCAUUAAAGAUUCUGCUCCUGGCGCUGGAUACUUCAUGUAAACUCUGUUUAAAAGGAAUAUUGUUCACAAGCAAAACGUAAUGGAUUGUGUUGUAACCGGAGGAAACGUGAAAGUUUUAGCAAAAGCCAUACAUUCCCUGUCAAGAAUCGGAGAGGAGCUGUAUCUAGAGCCUGUGGAGGAUGGGUUGGCCCUACGGUCGGUCAACUCCUCCCGGUCAGCCUUCGCCUGCUUCCUGCUGUCUCCUCUCUUCUUCCAGAGAUAUCAGGCUGCUUCAGACCAGAGCUUCCGCUGCAAGAUGCCCAUCAAGAGUGUUCAGGCUGUGUUCAAGUCCCUGGCGUCUCUGGAGCGCUCUGUAGAAAAAUGCCGUAUUCAGUUGAACAGUGAAAAGAGUCGACUGACCAUAACUCUGCACUGUAAACAUGGGCUCUUGAAAACCCACAAUUUGUCCUUUCAGGACUGUGAGAGUCUGCAGGCCGUGUUUGAUAAAGAGAGCUGUGCAAACGUGCUACAGGCUCAACCCAGGUUGAUGGUGGACACAGUUCUGCAUUUCCCUCCGUCUCUGGACGAGGUGAAUCUGUCAGUGAGCAGUGACCGCGUGUGGCUCAGGAACCACGUGGAGGAUGAUGCAGACUCUCUCAGAGCAAUGAUGACUGAACUGUGUUUGAGCUCGGAGGAGUUUGAUCAUUUUGCCGUCGGCACUCAGACCAGCGUCACCUUCUGCCUCAAAGAGCUCAGGGGUUUGCUUGUAUUUGCUGAGUCAUCUGGUCUUCCAGUCUCUAUGUAUUUUGAUGAGCCAGGCAGUCCAGUUAUCCUGAGUGUAACAGACAGUGUUCUGGAGGCAAAUUUUGUCCUCGCUACACUGUCAGAGGACUCGCAUCCAAAGAACCACGUCAACUCUGACACAAAACACCCUGACACAGAACAACCACCAGAUGACUUCAUGAGCGAUGACAUGGACUCAUUUCUCAUCGCCAUGGAGACCAGCGAACUACCUGGACCAUCACAUGCACCCGCAUCCCCACCACGACCCUCCAAUAACAGAAAGCACUCAUUCAGUGAAGAGGAAGCACUUGCAGAAGGACCUCCCAACAAAAAGUUUUGUUCGCUUUUCUUCGGUUCAGUUCUGCCCACUCCCUCUCAGUUGCCCAAUCAGACGAUGCAGAGCCAGGAAGUGCUUGCAAGUGACAGUGAAGAUGAAAAUCAGACAGAAACAUCAUAACCGCCCAUCGACUGAACUCGGACGUAAAGGAUGUGGAAAAAACACUCCCACAUCCAACCUCACAAAGACUGCUGAAUACAUUUACACACAAAUCUCCCCCUGAUUUUAUUUUUCUAUGAAAAUAAUUAUGGUUUUAAACCAAGAGAUGAAGCAGUGAAUAUAACAAGCCACAUCAAAUCAUUGCACAAGUCACAUUAAAACAUCUCACUCCCACUGCGGAAUACAAAUA